ACCACGCGCGUGGAACCACGUGGCCCUUGCUUUACGCCCUCAAGUGACAAUAAAAGAAAUCCGGAAAUGACGGUACUGAUCAUGUCAUGUGUGUCGCAACGCGUACUACUUCAGCACGCGUUGGCCUAGCCUGCAUGCUGUGUAACUCGUGCUAGGCAAGAGAUUUCCUCUAUGCUCGUGUACACUGUUGUGCCAUGACUGUGUCGUAUGUUGUUCAGGCUGGUUCCCAUAGUUUCUGGCAUUUAUUUACAUAACUUUACUGCGGAAACCAGUUCAUGAUUUGGAACAUUUGAAUCAAUGGUAGAAUGGGGAAAACUAAGAAGCAGAGGAGUCAGUUGGUCAAAGUGAAGGGUACCAGUGAAAAGCAGUCAACCAACCACAGAACUUUCAAGGUAUCACAACACAAAGCGACUAAGGCAAAACACAAAGCCAAAGUAGUGUCAACAAACCUCAAAAGGAACAGACAGCAAGUCUGCAAUAUCAACGAUAGAUUUAGAGAUAUCCAACAAUCAACGGUAACGAUCAGUCAGCCCAAGGCCACAACACCAACAUUAUUGAAACAGGUUGGUAAGUCCUCAAGAUCAAGGCCACCUAACAUGGAGGAGGCAACAAGGCAGAUGGCAAUGCUAUGAUUGAUGUUGGUCCAAGGUGUUGACAAUGUACAUGUACAGUGCAUUUUCCUUUUGUAGCCCUGACCAUGUAGAUGGAUUUUGGAGUUCUCAGCAUUCUGUCAUCUUACAUCCCAGCCCUCAUUCCAUAGGACACCUCAACAGAAGUAAUAAGCAAUCACAUACCAGAAACUGAUUGUGAACAAUCUUUGAGUCAACACACCCUCAGUGGUCAAAACUUGUCUACCAGUGGUGUGAAUUUGGGGGAUGGGUUUUUUUUUUGUUUCUGGAGGGGAUGACUUGCCCAGCUAUGGACAUUUGAAAAGGGGAGGGGGACUGACACUAUUUAGGGUUGAUGUUCAAGAUACAGAAGUACAUCUGGCAUAUUUAUGGCUCUUUUGUUUUCCUUUUUGAUUGAUAUGGAGUACAUUUUAGUCAUGAGGAAGUCCGAAAAAUUCGUCACAAUCCACUUUAAGUUUUUGCUUACUACAAAAAAGUAGGGGAAUACCAAUCCCCACCCCAACAAAUGUGUGUGGGGGAUAUAUACCCCAUCCCCCUUCAUUUUAUGAAUUCUGCCGGUACCAUGCACUAUCACUCAAAGAUGAGAAGUUUAUCCACACUUAAAAACAGACAUCUUUGUGCCAUUUGAGUGUUGAAUGACCUUGUAAAUACAGGUAGGCUAUAUUGUGCCACGUGAUACACUGUUCAUGUACUUUACCUCAAAGAUUUUGCAUACAAAAUAUUCAAAUGCAAUUGUAAAUUGAAAAAUGUGUCAGAAUGUUUUGAUUGUGCUCAGUGCAAGUGCAGACCUUGACAGAUUUUGCUCUGUGUAAAAUGGGGCAAAAUUUGGAAAGUUUCCAAAGGUGCUUUAGAAUUUAGUUGAUUUUCAUUGUUUCAUUUUAUAAAAACCUAUCAAUGAAAAUAAGCACCACAUGUAACCAUUCAAAUUUAUUUUCAUUUCCUUCCUUCCAUGCCCUUCUACUUGAUAAUCAUUCAUGUAACAAUGAUGAGAUGGCUCUUAUAUCUUGACAGUGGCAUGGAACUUACUAUUUGUUUUGUUAACUAUAAGUUAUUUCAUUCAAGAUUACAAGGGCAAUCACUGUGGUAGUUUUGAACAAUUUUGAAGUACUGUAUUGUUUUUUCUUUACUGCCACAUGAAAUAAAACACAUGAAAUUAA